ACAAUCUGCGGAAUAACCAGCAUCUGCAAGCUCAAACUUAUCGGACACCCUUUUUUCAGUUUUCUGUUCAGUCUGUAUUCAUUCAAUGGGUCCGCGGGUUGUGCUACUCUGCUCUCUGUUCGGAGUUCUGCUUGGCCAAGGAGCAGAGCAAAUCUCAAUCGAUGACUGCUGUAAGGAUGGCCAGAAGCAUGCCAGUAAUACCGAAGACUGUGCAUCGCUGCCUCUCAUUUCUGAGUCUACCACAUGCAGGAUAGUGCAGGAGCAGUGCUGUGUAACAGUGCUUGAGGAUAACUUGUGCACCUCCGGUAUCAACAUGGCCAAAGACCAAGGAGCCUGCGAUUCUUUAUUCGCCAACCCCUGCGAGACCAAGACUACAAAGAUGUGCUGUGACUGUUGUCUUCUGGGGAAGGCAAAUCAGGAACAGGGACUACCCUGUGACCACAACUUGUCAGUGGGUUACCAGUGCAGCCUGGUGUCCCGGGCAUGCUGCGUAGAUGGAGCCCCAGAGAACCAGACCACACCCAUAGAACAACUAGAAUUACCAAACAAGGAUGAAACCACAGAAAAUGGAGAUAAUUCAGUAUUAACCGAUCAGUGCAAUGGGAAAUGUGCUCAUCUCUGUGUGGGUAAUGACACGUGUGCCUGCUCCAAAGGCUACAAAUUGAAACCAGAUGGAAAGAGCUGUGAUGAUAUCAACGAGUGUUUGCUGGGAGUCAGCAACUGUCGGGGAGGGGAGCGUUGUAUCAACACAGAGGGCUCAUUCCGUUGCCAGAGAGAGGUCAGCUGUGGCACUGGCUAUGAACUCACUGACAACAACAACUGCAAAGAUAUUAAUGAGUGUGAGGCUGGUAUCCAUAAUUGUGGCCCAGAGUUUGAGUGCCAAAACACCCAGGGGUCAUUCCGCUGUACUCCCAAAGUCAAGUGUGGGGCCGGCUUUAUCCAGGAUGCCCUGGGAAACUGCAUUGAUAUCAAUGAAUGUCUUACCCAGACAGCUCCAUGCAGUCAAGGACAGGUCUGUAUCAACACAGUUGGCUCCUACAUCUGCCAGAGGAACUCAGUUAACUGCGGUCGAGGAUAUCAUCUCAAUGAAGAGGGCACACGCUGUGUUGAUAUUGAUGAAUGUAAGGGCCCUGAGAAGGUCUGUUCAGGUCAUGGUUGUAUCAACCUGGUGGGCUCUUAUCGCUGUGAGUGUGAGAGCGGGUACAUCUUCAACAGCAUCAGUCGGAUUUGUGAUGAUGUUAAUGAAUGCAGGCAUUACCCUGGCCGCCUGUGUGCUCAUAAGUGUGAGAACACCCUGGGAUCCUACAAGUGUAGCUGCACGACCGGCUUCAAGCUAGCCGGAGACAACAGGAAUUGUGAUGAUUUGAAUGAGUGUGAGAGCAGCCCAUGCAGUCAAGAUUGUGCCAAUGUGUAUGGCUCCUACCAGUGUUAUUGUCGCCGUGGCUACCAGCUCAGUGACAUUGAUGGAAUGACUUGUGAAGAUAUUGAUGAAUGUGCCUUGCCUACUGGAGGUCAUAUUUGCUCCUAUCGCUGUCACAACACCCCUGGCAGCUUCCACUGUUCCUGUCCCAUCACUGGUUACACCUUGUCAUCCAAUGGGCGCAGCUGCCAGGACGUUGAUGAAUGCCUGACGGGCACACACACAUGCUCAGAGAAUCAGAGCUGCUUUAAUGUACAGGGAGGAUUCAGAUGCCUUUCCUUUGAGUGUCCAAACAACUACCGCCGUGUUGGAGAGACAGUGGCAAGACUGCAACGCUCUGACAUCAUUCGCUGCAUUAAAUCCUGUCAGCCUAAUGAUGUGGCCUGUGUUCUGGACCCCAUGCACUCUCUGUCACACACCUUUAUCUCGUUGCCAACCUUCAGAGAGUUCACAAAGCCAGAGGAGAUUGUUUUCCUGAGAACCACGGUGCCGGCCUACGGGACCUAUCACUUAGGCAGUUACGAUGUCAAGUUUGACAUCCUGGAGGGCAACGUGGAGAAUGCCUUUGACAUCAUCAAGCGGGUAGAGAAUGGAAUGUAUGUGGGUGUUGUCCGCCAGGUGAAGCCUCUGAUUGGUCCAUUGAGCACAGUCCUGAAACUGUCCAUGAAGAACCUGACAACCCAGGGUGACUCCGGCCAGAACAUCAUCAACGUUCAUGUUUUUGUCUCCGAGUUCUGGUUCUAAGACGUGGACACCUAAUUUUACUACAUGUAUUAAUUCAUCCAUUGUCAACACUGUACACAUUGGUUAUGUUAUACCAAUGCAAAGAUCAGUGUCUGGGUUUUAAUGUAAUGUUCAAUUGCUUUUGACAGUUUCUGGGAUGAAAGGCUACUAGCUGCUUCUAAUCAGAGCACUGUGCUUUGUUUUGGUGACAAGCUCAGCUUGAAAUGCACUCCUGUGUUGCAGCUGACACAAUUGAGCUAAAGAUGAAGACAUUUUACACUAUAAAAAUAUCUUCAGAAAUGAGACAUCCAGAAUUUUUAACUGAAAGUGCAUGUAUUAAGAAAGGCCGUUAAAGAAAAUGGUUGAAUGCAACAAUAUUCUUCACAUGACAUUAUAAGCCUUGUUUUUGUAACAUUCACUUUUCCUUCGGAUGACGUAUUUUUUCUAUGGAAUAAACACUA